AUGAAGCCCCAACUAUAUAGUGUUGAAAUUUUAACUUUUAUUAGAUUUUUUCUUUUUUCAGCAAUUUUUAAUUGGUCCCUUCUAGUGUCUUCAAAGAAACCUAGUGAUGUAGAGCUAGCAUUCGUCAGUGAUACCGCUCAGCAUUACUCAGAAAAUGGAAAUGAGAGACUAAUUUCCUCAUCUCCAUCCUCUGUGGAGCCGAUAAACAUCAAUAAUAUUAAUACUUUGGAUGAGGCCCUUCUAAAAAUUCAAGAGCUGGAGAAACGACUGAAAGAUAUAGAAUAUCGGAUCCCCAAAAAGUAUCCAGAGGUUAAAUUUUUGACUUUCAAAGACCGGAAAAGGAUUUUGGUAACAGGCGGUGCCGGCUUCGUUGGCUCACACCUGGUUGACAGAUUGAUGAUGGAAGGGCAAGAAGUCAUUGUGGUUGACAACUUUUUCACUGGGCGGAAGAGGAAUGUGGAACACUGGAUCGGUCAUGAGAACUUUGAACUCAUCCACCAUGAUAUUGUUAACCCUCUGUAUAUAGAAGUGGAUCAGGUGUACCACUUAGCUAGUCCAGCAUCACCCCCACACUACAUGUACAAUCCUGUAAAGACCAUCAAGACAAACACUGUUGGAACAAUUAAUAUUUUAGGACUCGCUAAGCGUGUGGGCGCUCGUGUACUGAUUGCCAGUACCUCAGAGGUGUACGGUGACCCUGAGGUUCAUCCACAGACUGAAUCUUACUGGGGCCAUGUUAAUCCUAUUGGUCCUCGUGCUUGUUACGAUGAAGCCAAGAGGGUCUCAGAGACGUUAGCUUAUUCAUACCACAGGCAGGAAAACGUCGAAGUGAGAGUUGCGCGUAUAUUUAACACCUAUGGUCCACGUAUGCACAUGAAUGAUGGGAGAGUCGUGUCAAACUUCAUCCUUCAGGCUCUUACCGGACAAGCUAUAACUGUUUAUGGCUCUGGGAAGCAAACACGGUCAUUCCAAUAUGUUAGUGACUUGGUAGAUGGUCUUAUUAAACUCCAGAACUCAAACUAUUCUUUGCCAGUUAACCUUGGCAAUCCCGAGGAACAUACUAUCGAAGAAUUUGCAAGGAUAAUUCACAAAAUGGUGGGUGGCAAGAGUCCUAUUGUCCACAAAGAUGCCGUAGAAGAUGACCCUCAGAGACGGAAGCCAGACAUCACACGUGCUAAUCAUGUCCUGGGGUGGCAGCCCUUGGUCUCUCUUCAUACAGGCAUCGAGAAAACUGUACAGUAUUUCCGCAGAGAGCUGAUGAGAUCAAAACAUUCUGAAAGGAAUUUACAUAGUCCAGUAGAUAUGUGAUGAGAUAUUGAAAGGUUGGAGUCUGCAGUAGCUAGCCUCUCCUUGCUCUAGACGACACACCAUGCCACAAGCAGAAACACUACCUAAUUGUCACUGCUUUUAGGUAUUUCUUCAAUAAGCUUUCAAAUUUUUGUAUAUAUGUUGUAAAUGUAUUUUAUGUCAGAAUUGAGAUGGAUUUUAUGAACACAAAUCAAUUAAUUUUAUUAAAAAAAUGUAAGUAAUUAGUAUAACCCUUGAUUUUUUAGCUUUCUGGUUGAAAACAUCUUGAUUAUACUCUCAACUUAUUUAAAGAAAGGAUUCUUUUAAUAGAAUAUUAAGAAAUUAAGUGUCCUUGUUAAAGGCUUUACUUAGUAGUUUUAUAUAUAUGCAAUGCAAAAAAAAAAAAAUGAUUGGCAU